ACAAGUUGAGAGGUCGUGUUAGCAAAACGGCAAGGCGGCUACACUUUUGCUGCAGUCAUAGUGAGUAUAGUCAGGCACUGAACGAAAGCGAAAUUGUCGUGGACUAUUAUAUCUCGAAAAACACAUUUAUUGCGAAACUGUCAACGGGCGUCUGCUUUGAGGACUCGUAAACGCUAAUAAGAUUAGCCAACGGUAGCAGGCUGCUAGCUGGCUUGCUAAGCUGCUAUGUCGCAACCAAGUGCUUGGACUUACUGGAGCUAACAUAACUAGCUCGCCUGGCUAACACUAACUUUAAAUUCUGCAGGAAAACUGAAAGAUGGCUGUGUCGGUGCGGGGCCUGUACUUUGUGGUGACCCUGUUCUUGGGUAGUUUCUUUGGAAGUAUCUACAUGCUGGGUCCAGUGUUGCCACUCAUGCUGCUGUCUCCUGCUUGGUACCGCUGGAUCACUGAUCGCAUCGUCGCUACCUGGCUCACCUUGCCUGUGUCGUUGCUGGAGCUGGUAUUUGGGGUGAAGGUGGUGAUAACAGGUGACGGCUUCAUUCCGGGGGAGCGAAGUGUGAUCAUCAUGAACCACCGGACCCGUCUGGACUGGAUGUUUCUGUGGUGUUGUCUGCUCAGAUACAGCUACCUUCGUCUGGAGAAGAUCUGCCUCAAGGCUGCCCUUAAGGCUGUGCCUGGCUUUGGCUGGGCAAUGCAGGUGGCCUGCUUCGUUUUUAUUCAGCGUCGCUGGGAGGCGGACAAGAAGCACUUGGAGAACAUGCUGGACUACUUCUGUGACAUCAGAGAGCCCCUGCAGCUGCUACUGUUCCCAGAGGGCACAGACCUCACUGAAAAUACAAGAGCAAAGAGCGAUGUGUUUGCUGCUCAGAACAACCUGCCAAAAUUUGAGUAUGUGCUGCAUCCUCGCAGCACUGGAUUCACCUUCAUCGUGGACAGACUACGAAAAGGAGACAAUCUGGAUGCCGUCCAUGAUAUUACAGUCGCGUACCCCAAGAACAUCCCUCAGACCGAACGCCACCUAAUCUUGGGUCUCUUCCCCCGUGAGAUCCACUUUCAUGUCCGCCGCUACCCAGUGGCUUCGUUGCCCACCUCCUCCUCUGAGCUGGAGUCUUGGUGUCGAGAGCGCUGGGCUGAGAAGGAGAGCCGUCUGCGGGACUUCUACUUAGGCCAGCCCCGGGGCUUCGAUAGGGAAGGUGUUGCACGCGUGCCUCCUUGUAAGACGGAGCUGCGAGUGAGUCUGAUCAAAGCCGCCUCGCUGCUGUACUGGAGCAGCUUCAUUGCUCUGUGCUUCACCGGCCUGUGGCUGUGGGCUCCGUUCAGGCUCUACUGCCUGGUCAUGGUCGGAGUUUAUAUGGCCCAGCAGAAGCUGAUCGGAGGGCUGGAGCUGCUGGAGUUGGCCUGCCAUCGAUACUGGAAGUCCAUGACUGCCGAUGUGGAUGAGAAGAGUAAAAUGCUAGAUGGGAAGAUGCAGUGAGGAUGGAAGACCGGGUCGACUGGACAAGAUGUUUCCAUCUGUGCUCAGCAAGGACACUGAGAUGUCUUAGCCCGUUCAGUCCAGAGGGCGAGAGGAUCCUCCAUGCCUCCAAUGCUCCAUGCCUUAGAAAGGGAGUUCACUUCCCAACGGUAUGCAUGGCUUCAGUGCAGAGAGCUUCUGUUGGAGAAGAAAAACAGGAAUGUUAUUUACAUAUAUCCGUGUUGGAUUCACGGAAUUCAUCACAAGUAAUGCGUCACUUGCCCUUUUUAUGUCUCUCCUUGUAUAAGCUUGCUGUCAGUGCAUUUUUAUCAAUUUAUGUUGGUGGUGUUUAUUGUAGCUGUUUGUUCAGGAACCUCAGUGUGGACAUGUGUCAUGAAAACAAUGCUGUUAGUAUUUGUUACACUGUUGCCAUGUCUUUGAAACUGGUUUUAUUGUAUGCUAUGUUGCCCUUGGUUUUAUAUCGGUGUCAUAAACGACGGAGCAGAGCCAUAGUACAGACCACCUGUACAUAUGAUGACUUGACUCUAACUAAUAUUCAGAUCAGCACUGUAGUUAGCUGGAUUAGACUGAGGGGACUCAUUAAAUGAAUCAGUUUGUAGUAGUCUCUAGCAAGGACAGAAAAGGAUGUAAUUCCCAGAGAAUUACUGAGGAAUAUACAGGUAUAUAUGUGUACCAUUGUUUACCUUUAUUGGGUAUGAUUACCCUUUUAUACACACUGGGGAAUGAAGUUUCCCAGUUAGUCCUUAGUGUGAUGAUGUUAUCAUUGUGUAGGUCUUGAAACAUAAACUUAUGUUAUUCUGCUUGUUUGCUCAAGUAACUUUUGCACAUAAAAGCCAAAGGUGAGAAAUGCAGAUGUGAUUUUAAAAAGUAACCAAACAGAAUGUCUUUGUUAGGAAAGAGUAGCUUCACCCACCACUGGCCAAGGUUACCCGCAGCUACGCUGAGGUAACACUCGUAAUCAUCAACUCGUCAAGAUCAAAAGAUCUGACUCAGAUCUUAUGUCUGUAGACGCAGAUGAGCUUUGUGCCCUUUCUGGGAAUGAAGGGAUGCCUUGUAGAGGCAGGACGUGGGUGGUGCUGGGGUGGAAGAAUGUCCUGUUGGGACAACAUUACCCCUCCAUGUGCAGGGUGGCAUAGAGGACCAGACUUGGAGUGGAAAACUGGCCAUGAACUCAACCUAAUCCAAAAAAGCCCUGUAAUGCCCACCUCUGCCCGUGUCCCUCUCUAGAGGGACUGGCAUUGAUGCGCCUGCUAAACUCAAUUAGCAAAUGACAGCUGAGAAAGCUGCUCCAGUUGUGCCAAAAAAGGACAGAAAUUGAAACAAGAUUGGAGUAGCACUUUUAGCCACUGACUCUCUUUGCCACUCAUUACAAACCAUGUUAAUUCUGUGCGUCAGGAAUCAUUUGUCUUGGACAGUCGAUAGCACUUUUUGUUACACUGUGCGAUGUGUGAUCUAGAUGACCACUUCCAUUUUUUUGGGACAAAUGUAUAUUACCGAAGCAUCUUAUUUUUUGUUUAUAUGAAUCCGAAGCUCCUGUAGUUUAAGUGUAAAGGGGCUGUUUCCAGUCACUGUGAUCCAGCUGGGUGAAAGGAACACUUCACCUGCAAAAUGACCAUCUGUACAUCAAUUACUAACCACCUUGUGAAGAAAACUCUUUUUCUAGGAUCCCUCAGGGGUUAACAAAGCAUCCAAAAAAAGCCUACAUUCUUUAUGAAUUUAAAUAAACAUAAUCUGUAUUGAACAACAGCAAAGCUAUAUCAAAACAUCGGUCUAACAAGUCUCCCACAACUCAUCAUAAUAAAGUCUCAUUUGUUCAGACAUACGCUCAGCACUUCCCAAACAUGCAUUUUUCACUGAAACCUUACAAUUUAUAACUGAACGUAAGGUGAACCUUAUAGGGCUGCCCUUUAAAAGUCAGAGCCCUGUUCAAACUUUAAAACUUAACAUGGCAAAAAAACAAACAUUGAAUAUUGGUACAAACAAAUAACUAAUUCUGAGCCGGUUAAAGCCCUAAAAAAGUAUCUGUGCUCUCUUCAAAGCCAGAGUCCAGUAUUUUAUUUAUUUUAUUUUUUGUGAAAAUGCAUCUGUUUAGGAGGAACUGAGUGUAUGACUGGAUAAGUGAGACUUGGAUUACACUGCAUACGUUGUGUUAGAGUUUGGAAACAGAUAUUUUGAUAUAGUUUUGCUGUUGUAUAGUGACUUUGCACAUGAAAGCCAAUCAUGACUUAAGUUUAUGGAGUGUGUUUGUCUUUUCCUAGAUUUUCCAUUCACGAGGCAUGCGAGAAAACAUUUUUUUUCAGUAAUUCAGUUUAACAAGCAGAAAGUAACUGAUUUACAAAUGGUCAUCUUGUGGGUGAAGUAUUCUUUAACAGUUUUAUCAUCAGCAUGUAGUAGUUUUACCAAACAUGGUACUUUAUCUCUCUCCUCAAUCCUGAACCAGCCAGAAACUCUGUGUAUUACUCUUUCACCUGUGCUGUUUUUUUGUUGUUGCUCAUUUUACAAUCACUUGCUGAUGCUGGACCUUCGAAGUCACUGUCCUCAGGUAAACAGGAGUCUUACGGGAGGAAAUAUAUAUACAAAUAAAUAUACUAUAUCAA